GUGAAAUAACUCGGAAUUAUGUUUCGAUCAGUGCGGUACCUGCCAUCUUUAAUUCAGAAGAGUGCUUUGAGCCACUCCAGGAAUGUUGUUGGACCAUGUUCACAAUUACAAUGGAGGGAAGCCAGACCAUCUUCACAAAUACAGAAGAGGGAAGCCAGUUCAGGUGCAGAAUCAUCAGAGAUGAACUCAUUUGCAAUGAACAUAUUCAGAGGAGACAUCAAACCUUCGACAAUAUUUCCUUUUCCAGAAGUGUUAAAUGAGGAACAAGAGGAGACACUCAAGAUGUUGGUUGAUCCAUGUGCCAAAUUCUUUGAGGAUAUCAAUGACCCUGCAGCUAAUGACAGUCUGGAGAAGGUGGAGGAUAAUUCACUGGAGGGACUCAAAGAAAUGGGAGCUUUUGGUUUACAGGUCCCGCAAGAUCUCAGUGGCCUUGGGCUUACAAACACGCAAUAUGCAAGACUAGUGGAAAUAGUCGGUUCACAUGACUUGGGUGUUGGGAUCACACUUGGUGCUCAUCAGUCCAUUGGAUUCAAAGGUAUCCUCCUCUAUGGUACCCCAGAACAGAAACAGAAAUAUUUGCCUGAUCUUGCAACUGGACAAAAGAUGGCAGCCUUUUGUCUGACAGAACCUUCAUGUGGAUCUGACGCAGCUGGCAUCAAAACACGAGCAAUUCUCUCCCCUGAUGGAACUCACUACACUUUAAAUGGAGGUAAAAUCUGGAUCAGCAAUGGAGGUGUGGCUGAUGUAUUCACAGUUUUCGCAAAGACACCAAUUGUUGAUGAAAAAACAGGAAAGGAAAAGGACACAUCUGUUGCUUUCAUAGUAGAAAGGGGGUUUGGAGGAAUUACACAUGGAGCUCCUGAGAAGAAAAUGGGAAUUAAAGCCUCCAACACAGCAGCUUUGUUUAUAGAUGACUGCAAGGUGCCUGUGGAAAACAUGUUAGGAGGUGUUGGUGAUGGGUUCAAGGUCGCCAUGAACAUCCUGAACAAUGGCAGGUUUGGGAUGGCUGCUGCCUUGUCUGGUACCAUGAAGUACUGUAUAAACAAAUCUAUUGAGCAUGCCGGACAGCGUGUGCAGUUCAAGACAGAAAUUUCCAACUUUGGAGCCAUUCAGGAAAAAAUCAGUCGGAUGGUUAUGAAACAUUAUGUGACAGAGUCAAUGGCAUACUUGGUGUCAGCUAACAUGGACCAGGGUAUCAAAGAAUUCCAAAUAGAGGCUGCCAUCAGCAAAAUCUAUGCCUCAGAGGCAGCCUGGUUCUGUGCUGAUGAGGCAAUACAAGUCCUAGGAGGAAUGGGAUACAUGAAGGAAUGUGGAUUGGAGCGUGUCAUGAGAGAUCUGAGAAUUUUCCGUAUUUUUGAGGGAACCAAUGACAUUCUUCGUCUUUUUGUUGUCCUUACCGGAAUGGAGUAUGCUGGACGUGCUUUGAAAUCUGCAGGAAAAAUGGGUGUAGCUGCAGACAUGUUGAAGAGACGCCUUGGAAUCUCCUCUGGUGAUUCACUGUCAACACAAGUUCAUGGAAGCCUUAAGGAAUCAGCAGACCAGGCCUCUAAAUCAAUCAAUGAAUUUGGGGCAACAGUAACAAAUCUCCUGAUUAAACAUGGCAAGAAAGUCAAAGACCCUGAACAUCAGUUUGUAUUGAAUCGAGUUGCUGAAGCAGCCAUCGAUAUUUAUGGAAUGGUUGCUGUUUUGUCAAGAGCAUCACGUUCACUUGAACAAAACCAUAGCUCUGCCCAACAUGAGUUGGUGUUAACCAAACUCUUCUGCGAUGAGGCAACAGAAAGGAUUGCUAUGAAUUUGAGGGAUGCCAGUGACAGUAAAGCCUUACAGAGAUACACAAGUCUUGCAAGAAUCUCAAAAGACGUUGUUUCCAACAAUGGAACUCUUCAACAGCACCCUCUGGGUUUCUGAAUCCUUAUUAUACCUUUUCCUACAGUCUACAUCACUGAUGAGUGCAGUCUAUUGUGAACAAAUAGGGGAUAAGAGUACUAUGUAGUUUAUGGGUGGGAAUCAUUGAAUCAGUCACAUGUGUGUGGUUUACAAAUUAACUGUGAUAGUGAAUUUGAUUUUAAAAUGUAUGUGAGGAAUAUUUUCAAGAUCUUAAAAUGACUUUGGAGGAUUAUCUGUGUUUGCAAUUUGUAUGCAGUUUUGCAUGUAAACUAAACUCGGUGUCAGUAUAUUUCACAUACAAAUACAUGUGGAGAAACAAGAUGAGUUCAAAUUUUCAAUGAUAAAUGAUUCAUUCCGAUAUGAAGAUGCAGUGUUCUGUCAAAGGGUUCAGUAGCAUGAUACAUAGACCCUGUGUCUGCUCUCUAACCAAAGGUUGCAGUAUCAAUAACAUUCUGAUAGCAAAUUGGAGAAAACAAAAUUGUGAGGGCCCAAAAUAUUUUGAUUACUUACACUGUUAUGGAAAGUAAUAACCCAGAUUUAAAAAAAAGAGUUUAUGUAUGAAUGCUAUGAUGUGUUUACUGACGGUAAAUAUGUUUGAAGCAUCCACUAAUUUUCAUUGUGUAACUGGUUUUUCAAGGAUGUUUCUUAAUUUUGUAAUAUAUAAAGUUUUCUUAACACAAAAUUUCAAUCCUUGGAAUGAUAAACUUUGGUUACAGAAUUUCAAAUACAACCAAAGAAAAUAAAAAUCUUUUCUUCUUAAUCAAUAUUUAUUUAAUACUGAUCCACACUUCAGAAAUCAUUGACUGUCUAAAGAUGGUAUUCAUUGUAAAGCCUUACAGAAAUACACAAUGAUGGUGAAGCAUGCUGUACUGGUAUAUAGUGCACAGUGUAUUUCUUAGUACUGCUUAUUUAGAAAGUAGCAUAUAAGAGUUAGACAUGAAUUUGCUAUGACCUAACUUACUCUGGCAGAAAGUUGGACAAUUGAAAGGACUUAAGUGGCUGCAGUUUGAAUGUUCAUGACAGAAUCUUUCGUUGUUAGUGAUACAUGUCAUUUCUUUGUAUAUAAUACUCAUCUUUUUACUUAAAAAAUAGUCAUUUCAUAUAGAGUUUUCAUCGCAGCAUGUUCGGUUGUUGAAACACUUUAUACCUCAAUUAACAAACAUAUUGCCGAUGAAAUAGUUAUCUCCUAUGAUAAAAUUUUUUCAUUUGUUAAUACUUGUUUAAAAAGUCUUAACAUUUGAUUUGCUGUUGGAAAACAAUGCCUACAGAAACAGCAUAGUUCAUUUAAUGUAACAUUUAAUACUUCAUGUUUUCACUAGAUAAGUAGAUUCACUGAUAUCACUAAGAAAAGGCCUAAAGGUUAUAUUUCAAUCUUAAUUAGGAAAAUACAGGGGCUGGAUAAUAGUGUCAUUUACCUUUCCUUAUUGAAUAUUGUGUUAAAAUGUAUUAUCAAGUUUGUUGCAGAAAUCUCACUAAAGUCCUAAUUCUGGUAUACAUUUUGUAUUGACUCAGUUUUGUGGUAUGUUUCCUUGUAUCUUGAUUUACUCCGAGACUGAAAUUGUUAGUGUAAUACAAGAACAAGUACUUUUUUGAUGUGAUAUAAUUUCACAUUACACUAUUUUGUUAAUGAGUUAUAAAACUUUUUUUUUUUUUUAAUUUUGAAUUUGUUGUGACUGAAAAUCUGAUAUCCUGGUCACCUGAAUAAAUCUACCAUCACAGGAAUUCUUGUCUAUAUGUCAUUAUAAACAGAAUCUACUUACAGGAAAAUUUAGUAUCAUUUGAUGGUAAAAACAUGUUUUCCUUUGCUGAGUGACGGCAUAUAUGCAUUACAGCUGAUGCAGUUUGUAGUUUUGUUCUUUUAUUUUUUGAGCAGUGGGGUGUGUGAUUGUUGCGUUCAGGUUUACAAAAAAUUAAUGUUUUAAAAUAUGCUGUCUUUUUUGAGAAAAAAAACUCAGUAUAAAAAUUAUAUCACAAAUAAUUGUACUAAAGGGGAGGUUUACAGAAAAUAAAUUAUUGUACACGAUGUAUUUAUCAGAGUAUGAUUUUUUAUGCUCAUAGACUUACUGUUGUGUAAUUUCAGUGUUUAAGUCUUGUUACCUCGCCAAAGGACCAUGUGAUGUCUUCUAUUUCAUAUACUGCAUCAAUUCUCUAAUGAAACAUAAACAAGAGAUUUCGGUGGGGAAAGAGACAACUGAGGAGUUUGUUCAUGUUUAAUUGACCUUCCUGUGUCUUGAUUCACAUAUACUAACUACUUAGCUAAGAGGUCCUAUAGUAUGACAAUUGGAAAUUCAAGAGUUUAAUUGUAGCAAUGAUUUAGAAAUGUGUCAAUCUUCAAUUGGUCUCCAUUUAUUUUGACUUACAUACUACAGCUUAUUAAGAUUUUUUUAAUUGGGAAAUUUAAUUGAAAAGGUAGGAAAUACAUAAAACCAUUGUUUUCUCAAAGAAUUCAGACAGCUAAGGGGAGAAAGUACAUGUUUUGUUUUUUUUUUACAUUUUUCGUCAUGAGAAUUAGUUUUAUCAAUGCGAUAUUUUAAAAAUUAUUUUUUCCCCUGUAGCUUAUAAAAACCUUGUUUGUUGCAACCUCUUAUACUUAAAUACUGCUUUUGACCAAAGAUGACUUCCAUGUAUUAAUAAAAAUUAAUGUGCUAUGGUCACAUCAAUUCUUUACAUUGAUACAUGUAUAGCUGUGUUGUUGAACCUAACUUAGAAUGGAGAAUUACAGCAUUGGUUUACAAUAAAAUGAAGGAACCUUUC